CACCCAUCAGAGACACUUCCACAUAUCUGCAAUGAACAAGAUGCCGACUCAACCAACAAUCCCAAGUACCCUUGAGGAUGACGAUGUCUCGGGUAGGACGCGACCGAAGAAGAAAGAGCUCAUGUAAAUGAUGGAAAACCCUGAAAACUGCCUUCGCGCCAAACCGGAGCCCACUUUCUUGAGCGUCCGCGCUAAACCGAAGUCCACUUUCCGGUUCCUCGACCUUCCAGCCGAGCUGCGCGUACUCAUCUACAAACACGCGCUUGAAUUCCGCAGCUUGCACGUGGAGGGUUGGUUCAUUUCGGAUCCGAGAAAUCAUAUCUGCAUCAAGAGUCCGACAGAGAACAAAUCUGGCUGGGUCGACGUAGACGCACACUUGUCGCUUUCAGCCCCUUGUUGUGGCUGGGACAACGCCAAUAAAGCCCACAGGGCAGAUGACAUCCGGAGCCUGGGACUCAGUCUUCUCCGCACCUGCAAACAGAUCUACAACGAAGCCAAACUCAUUCCAUACAGUCAUAACGUCUUCAUCUUUUCUCAUAUCGACGUGCUGAACACUUUCCUGGAAAGCCGCACUACGUCACAAAUAUCCGCUAUCUGGCACCUCACCGUCGUGCACUAUUUGACUUUCGAUGCCCACGAUCAUUCUCUUUCCCGUUUUUUGGUUGGUGAGCCUCAAAGGCAGAUGCUGAAGGACUUGCUCCAUGUGCCUCAUAUGCCUUGGCGCAAACGCAAAAUAAGUUCGGUCAAUAAACUUGUUGGACUGAAGACCCUUCACCUGGUGAACAUGAUCCUCAGCACUCCAGACUGGUUUAUAUCCUACCACAAAUCUCGCAGGCCUGAACCCAGUUAUAUGUUAUGUCGUGCUAUCAAGGACGACUUAUGGACAGGCAACAAAUCAGGAAUCAACGACAACAUGGUCUUUGAGAAUUUCUCAAGCCUUGCAUGUUUCCGCGCUGUUCAAGGCAAGAGGGUCCGAGCCUCUGUCGACGAUUCCAAUGUCCCUAGAUCUGUCCAAAGGGGCGAGGACUGGCAACACAAGUAUCGCUUGACGGAAGCAGACAAGACGAUGUACGUGCAACAGAUGGAGGCGUUUGUGUCGGAAGGUGCUGCUGGCGAUACUGAUUCGGCGGAUCAGUCCGAUGUUGCUAGUGAUAGUGGUUCUAGUUUAAGUAGUUGGUCGGAUUAAGUCUUGGGGGGUUUGGUUCUGUGAUGGACUUUUUUACUAUUAUCUUGUAGUUCGCGCUGGUUGGAAUGGAGCUUACAGGGGGGUUUUGUCACGCAUUUGACGUUUUCUGUCUUACGGCGGUUGGUGAGAACCAGAGUACUCCUACGAUCAACCAACCCUGCAGUCGCCUAGGAAGCAAUAGAUAUCCUAGCACGAGCAACACCAUGCC